AUGUCGGGCUCAUCAUCUUCAACAUGGUCUCUAAAUAACGAUUUUUCAGCAAUACACAAUCCAUCUUCGGUAUGGUCUUAUGGAUACAGAGAGGUUGUUACUGGAAAAUUUUUGUUAUUUACACAUUUAGACCAAGACCCCAGAGGCACUGGAAUGGUUGCGUGGUUCCCAGAAAAUGCUACAUGGAAUACAAAUUGGCUUGGCGUAUAUUAUAACCCUAAUCCAACAACUACCCUUUUGGUGUAUAAUAGUAAUAUGACAUAUACUGCUCAUGGUGUCGGCAUGCAUCCAGAUAAUGGUGUUGGUACACCGUCUGUGAUAAGGUUCACUGCGCCAAAUAAUGGAAAUUAUUCUUUGAGUUUAACAUUUACUCAUGUUGAUGAUCAUGCAAGUAAUUCUCGCACAGGACUUUAUAUAAUAUAUAAUAACCUUGAAACACUUUGGGAAGAAGAAUUAUUUGGUAUUGGGGCUGCAAAAUCAUAUAGUUCGAGUAAUGGUGGGAUCUAUAUCAAAACAAAUGAGACAAUUGAUUUCAUUGUAGGUCAGGGUUUAACUGGAAAUGUUGUUAAUAAUAUUAAUUUUGUUACAACUCUUAUUACUGCUAACAUCAAUUUAUUGGCAAAUGAUACAACAACUAACCAACUAAAUUCAGCAAACCAAUCGAGCCAAUCAAGCCAACCAAGUCAGUCAAGCCAAUCUAAUGCUAAAGUUACAAAUUUUGCUUUGGGAACGGUAUUAGGAUUUAUCAUCUCUGCUAUUAUAAUGUACUUUCUUUACAGAUAUUAUAAGAAAAGAAAGUAUAAACAAAGUACAUAUGGAAGUGCAAAUAAAAUGAACACUAUAGAAAAUAGUUGUCAUGAAGUAGUAUCAUAUUAA